GUGGGAACAAACUUCUCCUCCCAGCAUGGACCGAGACAGUCACAGCGAGGAUACUUUGUCCACCAUGGUUCUGGAGAACAUUAAAAACAAAUUGAUUCAUGCCUUCAGGGCGACCGGAGAGUCCAGGGGGAACCCUGAAGACGCUGGCUCCGCUGUGAGACCGGUCAGCAUGAGCAGGAGUCACCAAGCCAACGAAGAGCUGCGGAGGGCGCAGAUAGACGGAGCGAUAACCUGGCUGAGGUCCGAACUGCUGGAGAUGCGCUCACAGGACCUCCAGCUGGCUCAGACGCUGCUGGGCCUCAACACAGAGAUCCAAAGGCUGCGUAGGGAGAGUUUCGGAGGCGUGGAAGCGGAGGGGGAUGAUCAGCAGUAACUGGCCCAAGCAGUGAGGCCAUUUUCCGUUCGGAGAAGACUUCAGAGAGGUGGAGAAAUGCCAUGGAGCCCGUGGAACGCAAGGAAAUGGCUGGAACCCAACAGCAAAGAUCAAAUGCAUUGGCUGGUGAUAGCUGUCAUCAUGUUUGUCAUGCAUGGUACAAAGAGACACCAGAUGCACGUAAAGUAGGAGGAAAAAGAAGGACAACAUGUGCUUUCUGUUCUGUGAUGCUGGCGUUGUUAAUUUGAGAUAUUUUGCACUUAUGCAGAGUUGUACUAAAGAAUGAAUGAAUGUAAAAACUAUAAACACUUUUGUCCCAAUUUGAUGUUGACAUUUUUUGUAAUUUGACAAAAAAAUAAAAUUUGCACCAUGA